AUGGAUACGCUUGAGAAACAAAAAACUCUCGGUCCCAUGCCUCCAUGCCUUUACAUGCACUACGGCGGUGUUCGGACAGCCGCCUAUCGACACAAGAUUGCAGAUUCUCGUAAGCAUGAUGAUGCUACGGCAAGCGUCAAGCUCUGGCUUGACAGUAUCCAACAAGAAGGAGGGAAAUCCAUGUUUAUGGACGGGAUUAUGGCCAACAACAAAGGGAUUGUGUGUAUGGACUCAACCCAUAGAACAGUCAAGUCAUUGAGACCGGACCCCAACAAUCCGAAGGCCAACGGAACCGCGUACUUGUUUACGAUUCUGGUCAAAGAUCGACAAUCGCGCUCGGGAAUACCGAUCGCUUUUAUGGUUUGCAACUCUGAGUCGAUCAUGUUACUGAGAAAGUGGCUGACUUGGCUCAAGACAGAUUGCGGCCUACAAGCUACCAAGUUCAUGGUCGACUGUUCCGUCGCGGAGACAGAAACACUAAAGCAGACGGCGGGCCUACGUGAUAUGCGCAAGGCCUUGAAUGCCGUUCGGACGCAUCACUUCAAGGUUGUACAUGGAUUGGAGCCUAUUGUACUCUCAGAAUAUGAUAAGGCGAUAAAGAAAAAAGCAACGGUGUUGUCACUCGCUGCCUCCAAGGACAUGGUUGCCGAACUGGACGAGAACAAUGAGUUCUUUGUCAAUUCUUUCACUACACCUGAUGUCAAGUACGCCGUCAGCGCAGACGCACAAGCAGCUCGACUUCUUUCUUGCACAUGCCCCGACUACGUCCGGCACAAAAUGCCCUGCAAGCAUCUGUACUUGGUCUCCUGGAUUUACAAUAGCAUGGAUAUCAGUUAUGACGGAAGUGACAUGUUUGUCCGGGAUGAAGGCGUGACUGACGACGAUAUCAACGAUGGCGGUGAGGUCGACGAUGAUGAGUCUAGCGAGGAUGAAAUCCCAGCUGCAUGGCGUGUUAUCGUACCUCUUGUUGUGCUUCAAAUGGAGCUAGCCCGUGCUGAGAAGAAAGCAGAGCGGAGGAAAUUAAGGGAGUCUGAGCGAGCAAUUGAGUUCAACGAGUGCGAGAAAAGACUGUUACACUUAUUGAAGUCGAUGGGGGAUGAGGCACGCGCCAAAAAAAGAAGAAAGUGCACUCUUCAGUACUUUCAGAGCACGGUAGCAGACCUUGAGUGCACUCUUCUUGGGGUGAAGGGUUUGAACACGGUUCAUGCCGGUCGAAAGUGCAUGUGCUGUCAAAUGCACUGUCAAAUGGAAUGUGUCUUGGGUCCUGAUUAG